AUGGAGAGAAAAAGAAAAACAUCUAAGCUCUUGAACAAAACAAAUCUUUGUUACACUUUCUACUUUUUCAUGCUCUCAAUUUUCACAACUUCUUCGGCUUCAACCAUUACAUGUCUAGAUUCUAAGUGUACCAUAUUUUUCAAAUCUGAUAUAGAUUUUCAGAAAAAUAGUAAGGUGGAAAUUGGACAAGGCAUCAAGUCUCAAGAAAAAUCAGAGAGCUCUAUAGAUUGGUCAAGAAGGUCUUUAGGCGGGCCGGGGUCAUUUCCACCGCGAUGCAACGGGAAGUGUGGCAAAUGUACACCUUGCAAACCGGUUCAUGUGCCGGUGCCACCGGGGACACCGGUGACGGCGGAAUACUACCCGGAGGCAUGGAGAUGCAAGUGUGGCAACAAGUUAUACAUGCCAUGA